AUCACGACACGUAUUAGCUACAGGCCUGCUGGUCAGUAGAGUCAAAUAUUAGCUAUGUUAUGGAAACAUACGUAACAAUAUUCAUUCUCUCAAAUACUUUCUAAUGUUAUUUUUAGGGUUAGUUUAAUUAAAAGGACUAGGGCUCCCAGCAGUCUYUAUGGGUUUCAUACCUUCGUUUGGGCUUUUUCUUGAGUAAACGUUUAAAACAUGAAUGCACCUGUAGCGACAGUUAUUGWAGCGUACAGGUUYAACCAAUGUCUGYAWUAAGACAUGAAAAUAGUUGAGAAACGAUUUACUUUACAAUGAGGGAUCAGUUAUUAUUCCUCUCUGCGGGAAACUCUUGCUGUACUAUUUGUUUUCUUUUAACAGAAGCUAGCUUCUUGAUUAAGAAAAAAAACUAAAAAAAUAUUUUAUUGUUUUGUGUCAAAUCAUUAAAUCAGUGAUAGUAGCUGACUUGGCAUAUCUUACAGGAUUGUCUCUAAAAAUAAAUGAUUUAUUGUAUAUCARAACUGAGAUUCGAAUAUGAGUGCAAACAUGACUUACACGGAUAAUUCCGGAACAUGACACGUAUAACACCAACAUUAUUACAAUARCGCAAUCCUGAUUAACUUAAAAUUGUGUGUUUUGAAAAGAGUGUUUGCUUUCCUAUACUGAUGCAAAGCCAAUAUUAGGAUGUUUGCUGUAGUGGUACUAUACUAUCAUGACGUCUGUAAAAACUCAUUAGUUUAAGAUUUGAUCAUGUCCUAUAUAUCAUCAUAUGGUUAGAUAUUUGGACGGGGAUUUCUACUACAAACACGGAUUUACUCAAUUAGUGUCAAAGGAAACGAAUUAAUUUUCAAUCCGUCGAGCCACAGACAAGUACACCAUAYAUUAUUACGUACCGUAAYUCUCAAGGCGGGAACGGUCUUUCUGUUUGUUUAAUGGAUCAUGUGAUUUUCAUUGGCCSUGCGUAGCUAAUUGACAAUUUCAACCACAUCUUUUACUUAUGAAUGCRAGCGGCCUUGGACAUGAUUUAUUCGCUGCUUAAGAUCGACGGAAUGUAGAGUAAGAAUAUAUCGUGUUUAUUACGGAAGUUCCUCUGACCAUGCCUUGGCCAAUAAGGGCACUGCUAUUAUUAUGUCUACCUCAAGUAGUCUACUCAAUAGGGGAGUGUAAGAACAGUUCGUUGCCUUCUAAGUGUACUGGUGGGAAAGUCACUUGCCCUUCAUGUAUCAACAUUGCUUGGUCGGGUUCAAUGGCUAAACCUCCAUAUGUUGUCAAAAUCAACAAUGAAACAAAUGGCGGACUUCUAUUCCGGAUAUUCUGGACGAUGAUGUGGCGAUGUUGUGGUCAUAACUUUGGUACCACGUGUGGAGAUUUUAAGCAUACAACCGAUAAAAUGAUCGAUCCCAGCAUAACCUAUGACGUCCAGAUGCCUUUAGUUGUAAACUUUAAAGAAAGUGGCCUUCGUUCUCAAAGAAACGUUGUUCCCAUGCUGCCUCAUACAGGUGUGGCGUUUGUAGUGCGAAGGGACAAGGUCGAGAGCGAUUACUCCUUACAGCUUCUUUCUGCCGUCUUUGGUGCUUGGCCAGUGCUUGUCCUCACUCUUCUUCUGUCGGUAUUAGCCGGGGUUAUUGCUUGGGUCCUGGAAACUAAAAAUCCGAAUGAAUUCCCACGGUCGUUUGUUAUAGGAGCAUGUGAAGGAUUUUGGUGGGCAUUCGUAUCCAUGACAACCGUAGGGUAUGGUGAUCGAGCUCCUAAAUCACUUCAAGGUCGAGCAUUUGCAGUUAUUUGGAUUCUAAUAGGRAUUUGUAUUAUCUCGAUAUUCACUGCUACACUUACUACAUCGCUUACCACUGUAUCACUGGAAAACAAGAUCAGUCUUCCUGGCUCCAAGGUUGCAACGUUACUCUACUCUAUCGAGGCAAUAACAGGAUUCCAGCAACAGGCCGAAGUUCGAAGAUUUCGUACCUUUGAAGAGGUCAUGGAGGCAAUGGAGAAGGAUACAGUGGAUGGUGCUUUAUUAGACAGUUACGUCAUAUCAUACUACAGAGAUCGUUUACCUAAUUCAAAAUACAAGGUUCAGGAAGUAAUCCGUCAGGAUACCUUGGAGUACGGUGCAUUUGUGAAUGAUAGUACUCUUGCUGCUUGUUUAAAGCAAGCUCGUUACGCUGAUGAAGCCAUUAUCUACGAGAUGGUUGAACUUACUUUAUCGAAAUCUCUAGCGAGUGGCGUAAAGGAAGGAUCCCAGACAGCCCAGAGUGUGUUUGACCCAAGUAGCGAUUUAUUCAGGCGGACUCUGUAUACUUGUGCUGGAGUUGUUGGUCUUKCUCUUAUCCUUGGAAUGAUUUAUGAGAUCUGUAGAUAUCGGAGGAAAAGGAAAGCGAAAGGACGAGAUAAGAUGAAUAACAUCAACAGCUUGCGACCACCUCUUAUCCACGAAACACGAGACGCAAUGCUGGAUGAAGUGGAGCGAAAACUAACUGAUGAAUUACAUAAAGCAAUUAAUGCUUGGAAAACGAAACUGGACGGCAAUAGUUAUUUGCAAACWGAUGAAAUGAUGUCAUCCGUUUGAUACUCAUAAUCGUAUUUUAUCUAUCUACCCGCGCUGUAAUACAGUCAACCAAUUUUGUUACCAAGRAAUUUUGCACGAAYAUUCUUCACUGCCAAACGAUGUCGGCUUGUGCGAAUAUUACACUAUGACAUCAUUCAUGACGUCAAGUUUUGCUGAUAACGUCAUUUUCUUCCAAUAUGCAAUGACAUUAAUGACAUCACUCAAAUAUGAAAUCAUACUGGCGUUACGUCAUGCUCGUGACGUAUGGAGUGUAAGAGACGGAUUUCCUAUGUAGUUCGAGUAACAGAGAUCACGGAAGAAACCAGAAGAUACGGACGAAUAUACAUUCGAUAUACUUUAUCGAAAGUGGAUGAAUUCUCAGGUUCAAUGCAGCAAGCACGUGGACGCCAUAUCUCUAUGCAUUGAUACAAGUCCUUGAGAUAUAUGUUACCCAGGACAAAAGAAAGGAAGUUUCUUCAAAAGAUAACUGUAAAAUACUUUGAGUGACUAAUAUUUUGCUAAUAGUUUAUCUUAUAUGCACGUCAUCAAUUGUUAUUAAACUAUGUUAAGCUAACACUAGAUAACGACCUGUAAUCAUAUUGUAAGGAGUUUUAUAUCUAAUGUAACCUUACCUUUACGGUGGCCAUUUUGAAUUAGGAAAUGACAGGGGACCCGAACGUCUUUCUCGGAUCUGAUUAUUGUCACUGUGGUUAUCCUAUCCCAGGAUUUCUACGAGAGAAUACCUGAAUACCGUAUUGGUAUAAAAUGUCAAAAAGAUUACAUAGAAUAAGAAAAAAUAAGCUUAAAAGCAACUCAGAUACAUUGACAAUGAAAAGAGAAGUGGCUUUUAUCCAAAUAUGGGAUGUUAUAACCAAAUAAGGAAAGGAAAUUUGGACAAGGCUAAUUUAYUGCGGAAUCAAUACUUAGAUCUUCUUGGGAUUUUUACAAUUAUCAUAUUCACGAUUCGUCGAUCAUAAGUCUGUGAAGCAGUGAUGACGAGUAUAGGUCGUUAUUACCUCUAUUGGUAUAUGUUUGACAGGGACAUCUACUGUUAWAAUAAGAAUCACACUGUACCUUUGCAGCAUUAUAACUGGGUAUGGUAGAAUUAUCGUAAAAUAUCGUUAGACCCUAACGUCUGUUAUUGUCAGUUAUCAUAUAGAAGGCAUAGAUCGAUCUUUAGGAUGCUCAAUAAAUCUUGUUUUUAGCAAAGGUAGCUUCAUUUUUGUAAAAGUUCUGACCCCUAAUUAACCGUUAUAAGAUGUAUUGGGUCAAAAAUCAUACACACUUUAUCAUUUCAUGGACKUAUAUCUCAUUACWUGCUGCAAAUCGGUGCUUUWAGCCACACGACAGUCUUUUCACUGGUUUACUUCUUUCAUACUUUAGGUUGCAUGUUAGAAUUAAGAAAUACCCUUUAUAUUAUAGCUAGAUGAAUUGGUCAGUAAGUAUUGAUGUUCUUGUAACAAUGAUUUGAUGUCAAUAAAGUCAUGAAUAGUUAUUGAUAUAA